UGGAGAAGAGAAGGGGGCUGAGCGCUCCAUAUUGAAGGAGGUGGAGACACCAAACCUAGGAUUCAUAAAACAGGACUUGAUCUCCUAGUUUUAAAACGCCGCUCUCAGUCCAAGCCUUCAAGUAGCGUAGAACUGCAUCAAAACCCCACUAACUUACCCAGCGACGACUCGUCAGACACACAGAGAGAGAGAGAGAGAGAUACACUGUAACGCCGCAGUUUCAUUGUAGAAAGUUGAAUGGACUUGAUAACACGGACACCUCGUUGUUUUCAUUAACUUUUCAGGACGCGCUUUUGGGAGCUUUAACUUCCACAAACUUUAUAUGACACUUUGUUUUUUUGACAAGACCACUGUGACGAUUUGCGUUAGUGAGUUUCUAAUCUCCGUGUUUGCCUGGACUCGGGAUUUUUAAGAGAACGAAAUAAGGAGGAUCUUUCAAAUGCAAAACUAUAUGUAUGAGAAGGCGAUGGCACCCGAAACAAGAAACGGAGGAGCAUCCACGUUAAACAACAACGGCGUAGACAGCAGCAAGAGGAAACUUUUAAUAGUACUAGAUAUCUUCUGCCUUAUCCUGGCUACCCUGCCUUUCCUGAUAAUUGAAACUAGCACAAUCAAGCCGUACCAUCGCGGGUUUUACUGCAGCGACCAGUCCAUCCAGUACCCGUAUAAAAACGGGGACACCAUAAGCGAUGCUGUGCUCUCAACCGCUGGCAUUCUAAUUGCCAUCCUAUCUAUUGUGAUUGGUGAAUGCUACAGGAUCCAUUACCUGAACCAGGGCUCCAAAUCUUUCGUGGGAAACCCAUAUGUCUCCGCCCUUUACAGACAAGUGGGUGUCUUCAUCUUCGGAUGCGCCGUCAGCCAGUCGUUUACAGACAUCGCCAAGGUCUCGGUUGGGCGAAUGAGGCCACACUUUUUAAGUGUGUGUAAUCCUGACUUCGCCACCAUCAACUGCACUUUGGGAUAUAUUACCAACUACACGUGCCGUGGUGAUGACAGCAAAGUUCAGGAGGCCAGGAAAUCCUUCUUUUCUGGACAUGCAUCAUUCUCAAUGUACACCAUGCUGUAUCUGGCAUUCUACCUGCAAUCUCGGUUCACGUGGCGAGGAGCUCGUCUUCUGAGGCCCCUCCUCCAGUUCACCUUGCUGAUGAUGGCCUUCUACACGGGCCUAUCACGCGUCUCGGAUCACAAACACCACCCCACUGAUGUCUUGGCUGGCUUUGUACAGGGAGCAUUAGUAGCGUACUGCAUAGUAUUCUACGUGUCGAACCUCUUCAAACCCAAAGCCAAGACUGCCACUCCACCACCGUCACCGAUCAAGAAAGAGCUCCUGCCCUCUUCUGACAUUAUAGAGAGGAACAACCACCACAACAUGGUGUAGGGAGAAACGUGAGGAUCCGUUUGAAAAUCUCACACCCCCUCACCUCCCCAUCCCCUGAAGAACCAGAACAGCCACCUGUGACGGAGAAGCUACAGUUCAGCUGAUAUCUUCUCUCUCUCAUCUGACAGUAGAAUGUAGGAACAGAGACAAUCCUAAUGACUCUUUAUUAUGACUUCACAAUCCUUGAGCCGAAAGAAAAUCAAUGACGAAUCUGACACACAAAACCUGCAAGCGAAGAAAACUAAAGUGUUACAAAUGUCUCCCUUAGAACACUGUGGAUCAUAAGGGUUUGUGAAUUCGUGUGUGCAAACCACCCCAUUUAUCAAACUUGGGGAAUGAAAGUAUUAGAAGUAACAGAAAUGUAUAUGUAAAACCAUAAACGAACGACAACGAUGAAGGAGAGAGUGAAUGUGAGGCUGGUCACGUGACCAGGACUGCUCUCUUUCUGGUCUUGUUUAUCCUCUAUAGUCCUUUUGUCUCUGUGGCCUUUCAACAGUAUAGGACAACAAAUUCCUUAUUAAUAGGAAUGAUUCUAACUGCGAUGUAAUUAGCACAGAUAUAUUAACAAUAUAAAGAAUAACUUAUAGCACUAUAUACGAGUUUAUUGUUAAACGUCACCACUAUAUGAGAAGUGGAGCUUGAUGAAGGUUUGUAGACGAAAUGGUAAUUUCAAUACCAGUAAGCUCCUACAUUAUGGUGUUAACACCAUAUAUACCACCCCUAGUAUAGUUUUAAAGUGCAGCUUUAGCCCAUCAAGUGCCCAAACUCCAUGGGAAGAAACAUAAUAACGGGUUUAGGGGGUGGGUGGGUUAGCAGUGGGCUUUUAUUGUAAUUUUGAUUUUAGAGAGGUCGAUUUCACCACCAAUCCCCACAUGAGUCCUGAGGGCAUGGCUGAGCCGUGCCAACUCGCUGUCUUCUGAUUGGUUAGUGCUAAAGCAGGGAGGGGGUUAUAAUCUGGGAAAGGUGGCGAAAGGUCACCACGGUCGCUGGGGUUGACUCCCACUGACUUCACUGGCACAUUUUUAAUUUCUUUUUUGGAAAUGGGAACGAGCAUCUUCCGCUGGUUGGUACGAUCUCUGUCCCAUCCCAUAAUCACUCAACACAAGUUGUGUGUAUUAACCCACAAUGCCACCUGUGCCCUAUCCGGGCACGAGUCAAGCUUCGCCGAACCCCAACGUUAUUUGGUGGGGUACGGGAUGUGGGGGUCCCUCCACAGAUGUUUUUCAUCCCAUGUUUGCACGGGUGUGUGAGAGUGUUUGUGUCGCUGUUUCCUCACCUGGUUCAGGUGCGGUGGACCGUUUCCAUGUGAAGAAAUAUUGAACUUAAAAAACUGUGGACUUUUUUUAAAAAUGCCUUUUAUGUACCUAUCUUGAUAAUGUCUACUGUUUCACUAACAGCUGUACAGUACUGCCUGAUAUUACAGAAAACACAUCCAUACAACACAACUAAAGCUCAAAAUGUAUUGCACAUCCCUCCCAUUGUAUAGUCCGUCCUAUCAUUUCAACAACAGUUUUAUCUCUCUCUGUCUCUCUAUCUCUCUAUCUCAGAAAUAUAUAAAUAAUGUAUAGAUCACUAAAAUUAACUAUGUAAAGUAUUAUUUCUGAACAUUUUUAGAUAUAUCCACUAUGAAUCUAAAAAGCAAUGUGUCAUGACCUGUGUUAUUUACAAAGUGCUGCUUUUAUGAGCAUUGAUUGACAGAUUUUUGUAUUUAGGUAACUAAAAUAUUGUAGAUUUGUGAUAGUAAGUUUUUAAUAAGCGUUGUGCAAAACACAUACAAUUGUAUCAAAAUUCACUUAGUAUUUUUGUAUUGUCUCAUUUUGUACAAAGAAAUAAUAGCAAAUGUUUUUUUGUUUUUCUGCUAAAUGUACUUAGCUCUAAUACAUGUGCUUUUAAAUAAAAAGCUCAUUAUAAACAAAAA